AUGACUGACUCGAAUGCACCCUCAACUGAUCAAGCCUCACGUCUGCAGGACGUCUCGGCCGUGCAACUGCGUCUCCCAUCUUUCUGGCCACAGGACCCGCAAGUUUGGCUUCACCAGGUCAAGGCGCAAUUCUUCCUGUACCGCAAUGCCUCGGAAACGACACGCUACUACCACGUAGCCUCAGUUCUUCCUCCUGAUGUUGCCAGCGAGCUCUCCGACGUCCUCUCCAACCCCUCGGACACUACGCCAUAUCAGCACCUUAAAACCAAGGUGCUGGAGCGAUUCAUGCCUUCAGAACGCGUCCGCGUCUAUAGAGCGACCUGGGUUGAUGCCUUGCCACUGGUGCUCUUGUGUUUACGAGCUGUCAUCCGGGCAGACCUGCAGUGCUCAACAGCAGAGCUGGUGCAUGGCACUUCUCUACGGCUUCCGGGAGACUUCUUCAGGUCAAAGAAGCUACCAGACCAGCCACAGCAAUUCCUACAACGCCUCCUCGACUGCGUUCAAGACCUCCGUACCACUCCACCCAGACUUUCCGAACACGAGGCCAUAUUCGUCCACCCUGAUCUGGCCACUGCAACACAUGUUUUCGUGCGCCACGACGCGGUCAGAACACCUUUGACACCAGCCUAG